ACAUCCGCCGCGUACGGUUUUCCAGCCAGCAGUGUCGCCGCCGGUGCUGGGCAAGAAGCGGGAGCUCUGAAAUUGCCCUCAUCUAGUCAAUUCGGUUCGGGAAACAUCCAGAAAAAUUAGUCGGUGCAUCGGGAAGGCAAGUGGAUUCGGGUCUUGGUGGUGACAGGUUGUGGCGAAGGAGAGUUUGAAACUCAGUUCAGUCAGAAACCGUUAAAGAUGGCUGACGAUCACCAGUAUAAGCUGCUCUACUUUGACGUCCCUGGGCGCGGAGAACACAUUAGGUAUAUUUUUGCGUAUGCAGGGGUAGAUUUUGAAGAUUAUAGGGUGCCGAAGGAUCAAUGGCCUGAAUUGAAAAAAAAUACACCUUUUGGAAAACUGCCAGUUCUUCAGAUAGACGAUCAGCAAGUACCACAAAGCAACGCCAUAGCACGGUACUUGGCGCGUCAAUUUGGUUUAGCAGGAAAGAGUGAAUGGGAUUCUCUCCAGUGUGAUGUUUUAGUUGAUACACUUGGAGAUCUUCAAGAGAGUGUAAUGAAGGUGAUGAAAGAACCCGACCCAAUCAAACGAGAAGAAUUAAGAGCCAGGGUAACCAAAGAAGAACUGCCAUUUUAUUUAUCGAAGUUCGAAAAAUUAGUGGAAGAAAACGGCGGAUUUUCAGUAGGAUCCGAGGUAACUUGGUCAGACUUGGUACUCGCCGUACUGCUCGACCAGUUUGAAGGGAUGUACGGCAAGGGCGCCCUAAACGGCUACCCGUCGCUCAAAGGACUAAAGGACCGCAUCCACGAAGUACCGAACGUCAAAGCGUACCUGGAAAAGAGACCGCCGAGGUCGCCACUGCCGCGACAGUAAGGCGGUCACGUUGGUGUUAAGUCAAAUUUUACACAAGUAUUAUUUGUUUCCGUAUAAAAAUAACUGUCAAUGAGUUGAAUACUGUUUUUGAAAUGUACUGCCGUAUGUUAACACCAAUACAAUGAAGUUGAAUA